AAUAAUAACGGCAGUCACAACCACAACGACUACCACAACAACAACAGCAGCAUCAACAACAACAGCAGCAACAACAACAGAAGCAGCAUCAACAACAACAACAAUAACAACUACUACUACUAGUUUCCCACGAAUAACAUUUACGACACCCACGCUCAAUUUCUUAAACGAGACACGGCUCUAUCUUCUUUUUGUAUUAGGAAGUGGAGCUCGAGUUGUUGACACCCCGUUACCCAUGCCGAUUAAUCAAACCGAAAUUGAAAAAGUUUUACUACGUGCACUGAAUGAAAUGUAUAACAAAACGAAUCUAACCGUAGUUCCGCAUUAUUAUAUAUCAGAUAUUAUAAUUGAAUAUCUUGUUGUUUUGAACAUAUCAUUGAAUGCUACUCAACGUUUGAAAAUUGUCAAUGAAUUUUUUAAUCCAAAUGUUAGUAGAAAUGAUAGUUACAAAUUGAUAGUACGAAUGGUUAUAAAUGAUGUAACUGGAAAGAUAGAAAAUUUUACCGAAGCACAACGUCUUUGCAAAGAGUGUGAACUUUUGGGACAUGGUGAUUGUGAUACGACUUCAGAUACAUGCAUAUGUUAUCCUAAUUUCGAAGGUGAAUUUUGUCGUACCGACGUAACAACAUCAACAAUAUCAACAACGUCAACAACUUCACAACCACCAUCAUCAUCGACAAAUUGGACAGUUAUUGUUGCUGUUAUAAGUGCUAUAGCUGGUCUUCUUCUAAUUAUUUCUCUUUCCAUGUGUAUUUAUAUUAUUAAAAAACGUGCUGAUUCCAAAGCUAAAAAAAUAAAACAAUUAACAGAAAGUAAACAACCUACCAUUCCUGGAGCUCAUCUUCCAACAAUUGGUGCUAUUAGCCAAGGUACAAUCGGUUCUACUGAUUCGAGCCGUGCUGAAAAUGAGAAACAAACUAAUGAUGCAUCUGAUACAUAUUCAUCUACUUCAACAACAACUUACAAUCCAACUUAUCAUACAAAUGAAGAUCCCCAACAUACAUCAUUACCAAGUGGUCCUAUACCACAAA